UAAGACAGGUGGACAUACAACUUGCAUGGUCGGUCCUGGAUCGGAAGGAUCAAGGAUGGAAGAGUGCAGUGAGGACAGAUGUUGGGAGGACCUAGCACGAGAUGCUCUUGGCAUCAUCUUCUGCAAACUGUCCCUUCAGGAGAUCCUCACUGUGGUUCCGGGGAUUUGUAAACCCUGGAGCCGGGUGGUUUCAGGGCCCGACUGCUGGCAGGACAUCGACAUUCAGGAGUGGAGCCAGCAGAGCGAGCCUGACAAGAUCACCAGCAUGGUUCAUAUGCUCCUCUCUCGCAGCGCUGGCUCGUGCCAUCGCCUUAGCGUGUCCAGGCUUCCCAACGACUCAUUGUUCGCCUUAAUCGCGGACCAUGCACAAUCCCUCAAGACUUUGGAGAUUUCAAGGAGCGAGAUCAGCGACGGCAUAGUGGAAGAUGUCGCACAAAGACUGACUAAAGUUACAUUCCUGGAUGUAAGCGGCUGCACCAAAAUUGGCGCUCGUGCUCUGGAGGCAUUUGGUAAGAACUGCAAAUCCCUUGUCAGACUUCGGCGAGUCAUGCACCCAAUGGAUGUCGCAGGGAAGGUGUCCCACAAUGACGAGGCCCGUGCUAUUGCGUACAACAUGCCAAAGCUCUGCCACCUCGACAUAGGAUACAUGCUGAUUGCGACUACAGAUGUCGUCGAGAUCGCCUCGCAGUGCCAAGACCUCAAAUUCUUAGAUUUGCAUGGCUGCUGGGACAUUGAUGAUAAGAUUUUGCAAGAGAAGUAUCCUGGGCUGAAAAUCCUAGGCCCCCGCGUAAAUGAUUGCUAUGAGAACAGCUUCUGGGAUGAGUGCUCUGAUGAUGACUCCAUCUAUUCAUGGGAAGAGUUCACGGAUGAUGACUACUUCGUCAUCGAGAGUGACGACGAGGCCAUAUGGGACGACGAUCACUCUUUCGAAGGACUAGAAGUUAGGUUCUAUGGUGGUGUAUUCGGCGAAGGCUUCGCUGGUUUUGACUGGCCAGAAUCUCCAUGAGUGCCUGCUUGCUCCUGCUCCUCUUUAUAUGUUUCAACUAUGAAGCAUCUUCUUCCAUGUUAUGUGCUUCUAAUUGUCAAAUUGUGUGAUCAUUACCUUGCAGAUAUUGUCUGGUUGUUGAGUAAACUUGUGUGGGUGUAAAAACAUGGUGCUUAAACAUAAAGCAACAAAUCAA